CAAGAAGAAGCCGAUACAACGCAUGCGCAUUACGUACUAUUAGUAUCAUUGUUUUCCCCAACUCGAGCGAUUCGAAACUGCAAAUGUCAUCUUUGUGUGGCACCAACAAUGGCGAACAAGGUGCAGGUCCAGAACCAGCAGAAAAAGAGGACAAGGAGCAUCCUCGUAUGCUUAUUCCUGAACUCUGCCGACUCUUCUACCAGCUAGGAUGGGUUACUGGGACAGGCGGAGGAAUCAGUUUGAGAAGAGGAGAACAUAUCUACAUUGCACCUUCUGGGGUCCAGAAAGAGAGAAUACAGCCAGAGGACAUGUUUGUGUGUGAUGUGGAGGAGAGAGACAUCAGUUGUCCGCCUGCCUGGAAGAAGUUAAAGAAGAGCCAGUGCACCCCAUUGUUUAUGAACGCAUAUACGAUGAGAGGGGCACAGGCGGUUAUCCAUACACACUCCAAAGCUGCUGUCAUAGCAACCCUGCUGUAUCCUGGUAAGGAAUUCAGAAUAACACACCAGGAGAUGAUCAAGGGGAUUCGUAAAGGCACCACCGGCACCAACUAUCGCUAUGACGACACUCUGGUCGUGCCCAUUAUCGAAAAUACGCCAGAAGAGAAAGACUUGAAAACUCGGAUGGCUCAGGCCAUGGAGGAGUACCCCAAUUCGUGCGCUGUCCUUGUUCGCAGGCACGGAGUGUACGUGUGGGGCGAGUCAUGGGAAAAAGCCAAGACCAUGUGUGAAUGCUAUGACUACUUGUUUGACAUUGCUGUUCAGAUGAAGCAUUGCGGACUGGACCCUUCAGCUUUUCCAGAAGGAGAGAGAGGAAUAGUUUGACAUUUACAGGCACCUUUCAAAGUGACGCUUGUUCAAGGAAGGUCAGGAAAGUUCAAUCAGGAAGCAGAUUUUAAUCAUUUUGCUUUCAUGCCAGCGCUCCACAAUUUGGACAGUGAUUGCCGAUUCAGAGUUGAAGGCCUCUUAUCCGGAAAGACCUUGAGAGAACGGCUUCAGGCUCUGGGGGUGAAAUCUUUAUCAUUAAAAUACAUUCAGUUAAUAUGCAAUUGUUGUUUUGUGCCUGUACUUAAACCAAAAAAAAAAAAAAAAACGAGUACAUGUGUUCCAUAAGAUAUACGUUUUUUUUUUUUUUUUUUUUUUUUAAUUAAAAACAAAAAGUAAACCUUCGCCUAACUGUGUUCUUCACACGAAAUGAUGUAUGUAAAAUUGAAUGAAUAUCAGGGGACACCAAUUUAUUUAAAGACUGAUUAACACUACAGUAUAUGCAUAAUAAAGACCUGACACCAAU